CAUCUCGUUCUCAGGCCAUCAUGAGCUCGCUAAGUGUCUGAGGACUGCAUGGGAGAGCCAGAGGAGGAGGUGGACGUUCUACUGGUGUGGAUAACAGAAUUCCAAGCAGUAUGGGCUCUGGCCAGAGCAGCGACAAGCUUCACUGCAACCGCUACCUGGAUGGACAGGGACCUCCAUCACUCGUCCAACAAGCUAAUGAAGAGGUGAAUGGGAAGCACAGAGAACUGAAUGACUGCCAACCAGAAGGCCACAUGACCUGGGUGAUCCUUCACAAAGACCUGCCAGGGUUUCCUGAUGACAACACAGUGCAGAUCAACUACAUAUUCCCAGAAGGAAUACAGACGGAGAAGCACCCCCACCCUGGGCAGCCUCACGCCGGGCUGCGGCUCUGUGCUUACCUGCCUGACAAUCGUGAAGGCAGAAGGGUUCUCAAGCUGAUGGACAAGGCCUUCAACCAGAAGCUCCUUUUUACUGUUGCCACCAAUGAGGAUGGAGAGGAUGUGGUCGCCACAGCCUCCAUUCCACUGAAGACACAAGCAGAAGGAGCAAGCAGAGAUGGUGGGUACCCAGACUCGGAGUACCUGAAGACUGUGAGAAAGCUGCUAAAGGACAAAGGCAUUGAAUAACAUGGUCCACUGCUGGACGGACAGACGAAGGCAGACCUCAGACUACACUGUGUUUGUGAAUUGGUGCCAUAGCUACGGAAGCCGAGAGCGGUCAUGGCCG